CCGCCUUCCAGUCGGCUUCCAGCUAAAGCAGACACCUACACUUGUACUCUUCCGCUGUCAGGUACUUACUCCUGACAUGUCUCAAAAAUUCCCAUGGUUUGGCUUCACCAUAGCCAGCAGUUGCCUCGUUGGCCUAGGAUACAUUAUCAUGAAAGCUACUGUACCGACACCGGAGCAAACAUACGCUGCCAUGUCGCCUGAUCUUCGUCGCAAAGUGGAUGCCAACCGCGCAGCGAGAUUGGCGAGAGAAGCCGCCACGAAACAGCAAGCAGAAGCACAGCUGAAUGACCCGGAUGCCUCAAAACCUGUUUGGGCAGACACUCAGGGACGGUCAUAACGAUAUCCCACUCCUACUCAUCUGUACC